AUGGCGCAGAUCUCGACUGAGUUCUUGCUGCCCAAUGGGGUGAAAAUGAAGAACCGCCUCAGUAAAGCGGCGAUGACGGAGCAUAUGGCUGAUCCUAGCACGAACUUGCCCAACGACAUGCACCUGGAAGCCUACAAGGCUUGGUCGGACGGCGGUUUGGGCAUGAACAUCAGCGGAAAUGUCCAAGUCGAUAGACGUUACCUGGAAGCUCCACGAAACGUGUCGCUGGAAAAAGACACGCCCCUGGAGAUGUUUCAGAAGUGGGCAGCAUCCUCAAAGA